AUGUUCCAGCAGCAAUUCACCAUUGGUCAUGGCUCUUAUGAGCGAUGCCAGACAUUGAAUCUUCCGAGCGUUAAAAGCAUGCAGGAACUCAGAUCAGGAAUUGCACGUGUAUUCUCAGUAUUGGAUUCUGAUUCAAUCUGCUUUUACAAUCGGAAAGAUGUGCUCACUUCUAUCAACGAAGUUGAAAGGAGUGAUGGCCCAGUGCAAAUCAGAGUAAACGGCGAAGCUGUCAGAGAGCCGCUGGGACCAGAGCCGUUGCCAUACGUUGGCAACCGUUAUGAAAUCUACCCAGAUCCGCUUGGUAACUAUGAUCGCCUCUUUGGAAGGUAUGGGCCCGUAAUCAAGACAGUCAACAUGGGCACGGUGACAUACCUCACCAACGAUCCCAACGUCUCUCGCGAAGUUCUCCGCGAAGGGGAGUUCUUCACCAAGACCACGUCAGAUCCUGGCCACCCUCUUUACUACAUGCGAAACAAUGAAGCGCUGUUCACUUGCGACAGCGAUGCGCCGGCAUUCAAACUAGCGCACAAGUUCAUUCCACCCAGCUUAACGCCAAAGGCAGUCCGCCACUACACACCGACUGUUUUAUCUUGCGUCGAGAGAUCAUUCAACGUAUUUGAUGACCUGGAUGAGAAGGAACUGGCAUUCAAUGUCUAUCAUUACACCUUCAAGAUGGCCGGGGAGAUCAUCUGGAAGGUCAUUCUCGGCAUGGACCUGGGUCAUUUUGACUCAAUUGACACCAAGCCUCAUGAGACCAUUCGGCUUCUUGGCGAGUAUCUUUCGCUCAUGAAGAAAACAUCUCUACGCGGAAGCUGGUAUGGAUACUUGCCGUUCGGGAACCCGAAGAGACUCAAGCUAGUGAGACAGCUCCUGUGGGAUGGCGUUGCUAAAGGCAUUGCGGAUUCGGUCAAGGCCAGCGGUGAUCUGCCAAUGAAAGACGCUGCACUCCAUGCCACCAGCGUCGCUGACUACCUCCGCCGGGCUACCGAUGAGAAGGGAGAAAAGUUACCGGAAGAGAUCAUGCUAAGCAACUGCGUCAUCAUGAUCGGGGCUGGUUUUGUAACAACUUCUUCUCUCCUAGCUUGGCUCAUUUAUGCUUUGGCCAAAUAUCCCGGAAACCAGCAGUGUCUGCUCGAAGAACUCAUCGAAUGCGGUGCAUCGCCUGAUAAACAGUGGUCUUACACUGAGCUCACCGAGAUGCCGUUCCUCGACAAAUUUGUGAGAGAGACCCAGCGAAUGCAUAACCCGUCCUUCCAAACAGCGAGGAACGCAAAGCAAGAUGUCGUACUCCCUGGGGGGUACUUCCUACCUAAGGGUUCUGUCAUCAUUCCGACGUUCCCCUCCUUGCACAAGAAUCCAGAGCACUGGGACAAUCCGACGCGUUUUGACCCGGAUCGUUGGGACACAGAGGACGUGAAGGGCCGGCACAAGAUGUCCUACACCCCUUUCGCAGCAGGUACUAGGGGUUGUGUGGGAUACAAUCUUGCACUUCUUGAAGUGAAAAGUGUGAUGGCAAAGUUGGUCUACCGCUACCAUUUUGAGGAUGCGUCUACUGAAGCCGUAGUCUACGACCCUGAGUUCAUUGUUAUUCGGCCGUUGAAUUUCUAUGCUAGGGCAGUGCGGAGAACGAAGUGGCCUACUAGUCGGGAGGGAUAA